AAAUCGCUCAUUCAACGUAGUUUUGUGUGUCUCUAAGUGAAAAUCAUUUCAAAGUAAUCUAUUAUUUUAAUUGGAUUAUCGAUUAAUGACUACAGAAUAGGCUAUAACUGAUUUGUGUUAGCACAAUCUACAAAUUUCUUUUUAGUUUUUAUUUCUAUAGAAUGUCAUAAGGCAGAAGUUACUCCAAUAAAAUAGUACAUCCAUUUUAUUGAAUGGUUGAAGUAGAAUAAUACAAUGACAUUUGGUUUCGUUACAUGUGGUCCUAAUGAAGCAAUGGUUGCUUAUGGCUGUUGUCUUCGUAAACCAAAAUUGAUUGCCGGUGGAGUAGUUUUUGUAUGCAGUCCAUUUCAGUCCAUACAAAAAAUUUCACUCAAUAUUAUGACUUUGAUAGUUGAUAGCCCAAAAGUUUAUACAAGUCAAGGAGUGCCUAUAUCUGUUACGGGUAUCGCCCAAAUUAAAAUCGAGGGUCAAAAUGAACAGAUGCUAGCAACUGCAUGCGAAUUAUUUUUAGGUAAGUCUAAUAAUCAAAUUCAAAAAAUUGCUCAUGCCACAUUGGAAGGUCAUCAAAGAGCCAUUAUGGGUACAAUGACUGUUGAGGAAAUUUAUAAAGAUCGAAAAAAGUUUAGUCAGCAAGUUUUUAAGGUUGCUUCAUCAGAUUUAGUGAACAUGGGAAUCAAAGUUGUAUCCUAUACUAUCAAAGACAUUCAAGAUGAUGAAGGAUAUCUCGAAGCCUUGGGUAUGAGCCGUACUGCUCAAGUGAAGAGAGAUGCUAGAAUCGGUGAAGCGGAAGCGAAAGCUGAUGCUGCAAUGAAAGUGGCAUAUGCAGAAGAAAAGAGGAUGGAAUCAGUAUACUCUAACGAGGUGAAAAUAGCAUCAGCAGAAAGGGAUUUUGAAUUGAAAAAAGCGGCGUACGAUAUUGAGGUAAUGACCAAAGAAGCUGCCGCUGAUUUAGCAUAUGAACUCCAAGCUGCUAUAAUCAAACAACAGAUAAAAGAAGAGAACAUGCAAAUUGCUGUUAUUGAAAGAAUACAACAUAUAGAAAUUCAGAAACAAGAAGAAAUGAGAAAAGAACGAGAACUCGAAGCUACUGUUCGUGCUGAAGCUAAUGCAGAGAAAUACAGAAUGGAGAGAUUGGCAGAAGCGCAUCGUAGAGAGACAAUCUUAGAUGCUGAAGCAGAGGCUGAAGCUAUCAGAUUAAGAGGUGAAGCCGAAGCAUUUGCUAUUGAGAUUAAGGCUAAUGCUGAAUCAGAGCAAAUGGGCAAAAAGGCUGAAGCUUGGAAGGAAUACAAACUGGCUGCCAUGGUGAAUAUGGUUCUUGAUGUCCUCCCACAAGUAACAGCUGAAGUGGCUGCUCCGUUAGCAGAAACUAGGAAAAUAACGAUGAUUUCAACAGGGUCUGGUGAUGUUGGUGUUUCGAAAUUAACCGAUGAGAUUUUGGAUGUUAUAAUAAAAAUUCCCAAAAUAGUUAAAGCCUUUAGUGGUGCUGAUUUAAAAAAACUCAUCGACAACUAAGAAGUAUAACCGGCGAAUUGCUAUAAAAAAAGUUAUUGGUGUAUUUAUCCUAUUCUUACUAUUAGUUUUAGGCAAAAAUCCAAAAUUGAUAAGUGACCUUGAGCCUGAAAACUUAAAAACUGUUUUAAUGUGCCAGCAGUAUCAUCUCAAUCAAUCAGUUUUAAUGUAGUUAUUUAUUCAACAACGAUCUCAAAAUAAAGUAAUAAAAGUA